CCGAACUAUAUAACACCGCUGUGCCCGACGACGUCUCGAUGAUAAUAAAAAAAACCAGCGGUAGCGGGCCCCUUAUCUGUCCGUCUCUCUCUCGGCGUUCGAUGUACAUGUCGUCCGGACGUCGGUGUUAUUGUUGUUAUUAUUAUUAUUAUUACUAUUAUCAACGUCGUUACCGCUCGACGACUGCGACGACGGUAUAAUUGUUGUCCAUGUAAUUAUUAAUUUUCUUCUUCUCGUUGUUGUCGCUGUCACACAUGCACGCGCGUACCGCGUCGCCGCCGCCGCGCGAUAUUCGUCUUGCUGGAGCGUCGUUCGUCCGACAGCGUUUUGCCCGGUGAACGUGCGGGCAUCCAGUUCGCUGGAUCCGGCGCCGUCCGUCCGACCGCAUGCUCCAGGCUCCGAGGACUUCCGCUGUCGUGUUGAUGUCCACCGACAACUGCAGCCCAUUUUCAGUUUAUAAUAAUGGAAAAAGAAAACAAAUGUAAAGCUUAACAAUGGUUUCAUACUCGGAUAGUGUAACAUCUAAUUUAACGGCGAUCGCCAAUAAUAAUAUUCAACAAACUGAUCAAGCAAUAUUUGAAGCUGAUAAGCGAGCUGUUUAUAAGCAUCCACUUUUUCCUUUACUAGCAUUACUUUUUGAAAGAUGUGAACAAGCUACUCAGUCAGCAGCAAUCUCAAAUUCUGAAAGUUUUAACAUGGAUAUACAAGCAUUUGUUCAACAUCAAGAAAGAGAUAGAAAACCAUUUUUAAUUAAUGAUACAGAAAUUGAUGGACUGAUGAUUAAAGCUAUUCAAGUAUUACGAAUACAUUUAUUAGAACUAGAGAAAGUUCAAGAAUUGUGCAAAGAUUUUUGUAGUAGAUACAUAACAUGUCUUAAGAUUAAAAUGCAAAGUGAAAAUUUAUUGCGUUCUGAUUACACAUCUGGUUACAUAGAAAACAAUAGCAGUGGUAACUCAAGUAAUAGUAAUUCUCCAUUAUGCCAUUCUCCACACCAUAGUCAGGUGAUAUCCUCUUCAGGAGUUUCUGUGCGGCAGUCUGGAGACAACGAUGUUAUAAAACCAAAAACAAUAAUGGAUUUAAAAAACAUAACUUGUCUUUUGUCAAAUAUACCGUCUUCCACAUCCAUAGAAAUGAAAGAUGUAUCUCAAGUCUCAGAUGUUUCCCAACUUGAUUUGACAGUCACCAAAUCUUCACUUCAAAAUUCUACUUUAGAAAAAACACCAUUAUCAGCAAUUGGUACAAAUGUAUUACAGAAUAAUGUUUCUAUUUUACAUGGUUCCUUAUCAGCUACUAGUGGUGGCUCUUGUGAUGAAGAAGAUGACUAUUUUGGAAGUAAAAAGAAAAGACAGCAAAAAAGAGGAAUUCUUCCUAAACAGGCUACCAGUGUUAUGCGCUCUUGGCUUUUUCAACAUUUAAUUCAUCCUUACCCAACAGAAGAUGAAAAAAAAAUUAUUGCAGCACAGACUAAUUUAACAUUGUUACAAGUAAAUAAUUGGUUUAUCAAUGCACGCAGACGAAUAUUACAACCAAUGCUUGAUGCUUCAACCCCAGAUAUUACUGGUGAACAAAACUUUACUCUUUCUAAAGAUAAGUCUGUAAUUGUUGAUAAUAACAAGUUUUCAUGGCCUGUUGAUGUUAUAUUACAAUCUCAAAAUGUCAAUGAAAAUUCAAAUGAAUCAAAUUUUGGUGAAAGUGAAGCAGAAGAUGAUGAUGAUGAAGAAGAAGAAGAAAUUAGUGAUAUUUUUUCUCAACAUAGUGUUAAUGAAUCAGAUUAGUCAGUGUUCUAAGAAUAAUCGUAAUACAUUGUACAAUGCAUAUGAAAUAGUAAUCAUUUUAUAUGUAUGUAUAGAAUACAUACUAUUAUAUUAUAGAUGGUUAAUGUUAAUGUUAAAGCCAUUUAAUAUAUCUUACACAUUAGACAAUGUGAGAUAAUUUAUUGAAAACACAUUGAUAUGUUUCAUACAUUU